GAGAUGUUCCGCGACCUUCAUAUGAUUCUGUUUCCUGACUUCAUAUCUCAAGACGACAUUGCUUAAAUCGAGUUCUCUAGGGCACUGCCCUCUACAUUGCACGCUAAUCCCAAUCGAAACUCCAACCCCUCCCCCAGUUCGAGAAAUAGGGCAUGACUGCAGCUACUGACCACCAGGCUCAGUUUCUCGCUGAUCCUCGCGCCGGCGAGUCUCCACUCGCAGCAGCUCCUCAUAACCCCGUACAUCUUGCACGACUGCAGCAACAGUGCCCUUCGAACCCGCCACCUCCGCUCGGCCCCGCACCUUCACCAUCUCUCUUAGUACCCCUGAUACCCGCAGAUAUCCUGCGUCCAAACCACUCCGAAAGCAGUAUUACAGGGCCAUCGAUGGUUUCUCUGCCGAAUGCGCUGAUACCGAUUCCUACUGCGCCUCCUCACAUCACUCCCGUGAGCAUGCUAUGGCAUCCUCAGAAGCACCAGCAGGCAUCCCCGCCAUCUUUUCCUAUAAUACAGCCCAGCAGUACAGUCGUUCCUCUCAGACCCCCGUCGUCGUUGUCGACGUCGCCACAACCCAUGCAGGCCCUUGAAACCCCAUCUUCUUCAACGAACUCCACUAUCUCGCCACCCAGCAGUUCGAAUUUCGUGAAGGGGCCGCCCACUCUGCCUCUCUCGACGUUCCUCGAAGGAGCUUGGGCUGAGCACACCAAAUACCUCGAGAGCACGGUGGAAGGACUCCAGCUUCAGCUCGCGCAGACCCAGGAAGCUGACGCCCGCGCGAUUGAAGAGCUCCAGGCUGAGUUGAACAGACGACGUAGCUUGUAUGCCAAAUGGGUCAGCUGGGCGACGAAUGCGUUCAAGACGUUCAAGGAGAGCACUAGCAAAGAGGCCCAGACGUUGAAGGAUGAAUGUGAUGCUCUGAAGGCGAACAAUGACGCGCUCGUGGUUGAGAACACCAUGCUGAAAAGGCAGAGCGAGGACAUGAAACAGCAACACCAUGCGCUCUGCCAAAGAAACCAGGAUGUGGAGCGCCAGAAUGCGCUUUUUCGGAACCAGCUCGCUCAGGCGGACAGAGAUCGUGCAUCGGCGGCGCAGGCUAACCAGAUCCUGACCGCCAAUAACGGGAGCUACGUCGCUCUGACACAAACUUUGCAGCGCCAAUAUGACACGCUCAAGGGCCGUUAUAUCGCUGAAACGACCCAAUUAAGAGGAGAACGGGAUAUAGCUCGAGCUGGGUCAUCCAAAGCCCAAGACGAUUUGGAGACAGGGCGCGCGGGGAAUGAGAAUGUAUGCGUCAAGGCGGAGUCGCCCGUCCCGAAAUCCGAGACCGAGCUUUGGGACGCCCUGGAGCUACAGUAUCCACAAACCCCGGCGUCGGAUGAAGAUAGUGCGCCAGUUGCAGUAACGUCGAAAAUCGAGUUGGACGACGCGGAAACUCAAACAUUCAGUUGGGAUGUCAAGCCUGCGAUCAAUCCCAGGAAACGGUCCAGGCGCGAGUUUGAAUGCGACUCGAGCUCUGGGACGAUGGGACCGCCACCAGAUCCAGAACUGUCGAUGGGAGACCCGUUCCCCGUUCCCCGACAGGUCGACGUCAAAUCACUCAAUAGUCCGAUCCGCUGGUUCAUGCAAAUCCGGAGGAAGAAUGCUGGCUAGUGGAUCGCUAGCUCCGGUGGGCUGAUUCCAGCAUACACCAUGGGAUACUGUGCUCGGCGAUUGUCGACCGCUCCAUGCGCCUUAUCGACUUGAUUAGCAUCCAGAUGAAACCGUCACUGUCCACAAUCGUUGAGCGCACUGUCACGUCCUAUGACACAAGCGGCAAUACCCACGUUCUAGGAUGGACUGGCUAGAUCCUGGCUGGAACCCAAUACCGGUCACCGACGUCGCACCGCGUCGGGUGCAAACGGGAUAUUCUGUCUUUGAUCACGGCGCGAUGCGGAGUUCGGGGCUUUAUCAAACCUACUGCACACCCGUCCCGCACGUUUAUUUAAUCAUUAGCAGUAUGUAUAUCUGACAGUAAUUCAGUAUCAAUGACACUAGGGCCUCUCGCUGUUUCAUCCGUUGCGUGGAGCAGACGUAAUAGAUUGGUAGAUUGGCGCUCUAAACCACCGUUCGGUGAAAGACGCGCACGUGACUAUCGUAUCCAUACGGCAGUUGUGGUGCACUCGCACAGUCCAGCCUCUCAUGGACGACGACUCGGCCUCGGCCGACGGGCAUACAAGAGACCCUCCAGCCCAUGAAAGCGACGAGCCCCCCAGCACUACACGCAAAUCCCGCGUCCGCCGUAGCCUUACCCUCUUUCCAAGGAAAAUCACCACACUUGACUUCGCCGCCCUCAUCCGAACGAGCAGUCUGCGGAGCUCGACAGCCAAGUCCAAGGCAAAGCGCGCUCAAAAACGAAAUUCGCGUCGGACCAUGGCCGUGAUGGAGUACAAUACCGACAGUAAGGACGCCACACCCGACAGCGAGGAUGACCGUGUGGCCAUGCCCCAGAUUUCCACUGAUGUCGUACCGGUGCCGGUCCUCGAAUCCAAGGCAAAUCGGAGUACGGACUCAGUGGAAAAGGAAGAGGAGGAUGACACGGGGAACGACUCUGGGGUUGUUAUAUCGGAUAUCCUCCUCAUCCGCCAACUACCUCGCACUCCACCCUCCACUUCCGAUUCCCCCCAUCCCAGUCCAUCAAAUGUAGCGGCUCUACGGCAGUCCUCGUCGACCGUCAGACCCCUGUCCACCGCGACGACCAACACAGCGAGCACCGCGACCCCUGCGAACGUGACGCCGCGCAAACGACCUCCGUCGCGGAUACCCAUCCCGUCUGUUCGAGAAGAGCCCCUGGAUUCGAUGACGAAGACUCCACCAGCAACACCGCGGAAGAACUUUCACAUCUUUGGUAUCCCUCUGCCAAGUCCAAGACGCGGAUCGUUCAGUAGCAGCCGCCCAGCUACACCAUCGGAUGCGGGUGCGUCAGUAUCUGCACCGAAAAGGGAGUCGUCGUCAUCGAAGCCGCGAUUCCUCAUUGGAACUGGACUGAAAGUGUCAUCGCCCAAAAUGACGAAUGCGCCCAAAGCUGCAACCAAACCCAAGGCGAUGCCAUCCCCGACUAAGACGCCACCAAGGACGACUCCCGGACAGCAAUCUCCGUUGACCAAGUCGACAUCACCCAAAUCUGUAUCGUCCCCGACCAGAUCUGUGUCCGUCUCGCGGCCGCUAUCACCCAAAUCGCCCGGGUCGCCCAAAUCCUCCUCUCCUCGGGCCCAUAUUUCGAGUGCAGCUGUGGCUGCUGAUUCGAUUGGCAAACGGAACAAUCGCCAAUACAUGUCUGAAGUGGGCGCUCGAUCACCGCGUAUCGGGUUGCCAACUUCUCCGCGGGGGAGCUUGAAUAUCGGCACGCCAGGCAGUCUGAAGCACAGCAGCAGCACCGUGGGGAGUCCGGUUGCUGUGCGUUCAGCUCUCGGUGUAUCGACGCGGGCAAGCGCUGGGACUUUGUCGAGUGUGUCCACCCGCGAGCGAAGGCCGUCGAGUGACUCGUCCUCGCAAUCCCAUUCGCAAUCGCAUGCCCAUUCGAACCUGAAUCCGCACUCACCUCACCACGUGCACUAUCGCCCUGCAGCGCAUUUGAGCGGAAUUGAAGAGUGGCGGUUAGAGACUGAUGAAGACGCGUUGGCGCGGAUCGGCAUCACCAAUGUGCAGGCGAGGCCCAAACCGUUAUCAGUCGCCGCACGGGCCGUGUCUGAGAUAGGAAAUCAUGCCAGAGCACACGUGACGAUCGCGAAAUCUUCUCUGGCAACGACAACCAUGACGUCCGCUGCGAGGACACCCAGUACGGUUGGGAGCACGGCGGGGAGAAAACAUGGAUCGUUUGACUUUGAGCGGCCGGGAUGGAGUGUGGGGUCCGCGACGAGUUCGAUCGGGGCAAGAUCACGCAAGAGGCCCGAGUCGGAGGAGAACAUUCCGAUGCGGCGCGGUGCGCAUAUAUCCGCCAAGGAUCAGCAGAACAGAUCGACCAGUGCGGGUAUGGCUGGAGUUGGCUCGGCUCGGUUCUAUGCGUCCAUGGCACCGCCACUGCCCGCUGAGCCUGAGCCGACGCCACGCCAGAGGACGGAUAGCUGGGGCAAGAGUCCCGGGAAGCGGUUGAGCGCGGGGCUGACGAAAUUGUUUGGAAACACUGGCAGUAACAGCAAGCCGAGCAGCGUCGUGGGAGUCAAUCGACAACACGCCAAGUUCUCAUUCGAGCCCCCCGUCCGGCUGGCGUCGCCUCCCUCCCCCGAACCUGUGCUCGAACGCAGGCCCUCGCCCACCCCACUUUCCAAGCGCGGGCACAGCGCCAGCCACUCGACGUCCAGCACAGCGAGCUCGGCUCCCAGCGUGGGACACCGAUCUGGCACGAAGCCGCGGUCGCUGGAUCUAGGGUUAGGUCUCGCGUGGGCACCCACCAAGCUGCGCGAGGACGCGGUGCUCCCCGCCUCUCCGCUGGGGAGGAGCCUGAGCACGAGCAAGAGGGCGGAGCAGGGCCGUGCGGUGGCUGAGCAGUUCCGCGGUGCGCUGGACGAGGACGGGUAUCGGAGUUUCAAACGAUAUGUGCACCGGUUUGACGCGCAUGAGAUUCCGUUUGACGGGAGCACGGGGAUCGUCACACGGGUCGAGCGUCUGCUGAAGAAGGCGCGGCAUCUGAGCGACGACGAGCGCGCGAGGAUGAUGGAUUCAUUCAUCAGGAUUAUACUGCAGGCAGCAUGAGACGACGACGACAUGCCACGAGGACGACACAUCUACGCGCAUCCACAUCUACUACAUCUGCACGCCAUCUCUACGUUUCUGCUCACUUGGGUUCACGCUGCUUCAUGUAUCUCAUGCUUCUGUUGUGUAUUCUUAUCCGCACCUGCCACCUACUUACCUAAUUUGCUAUCCUAUCCGCAUUGCAAUGCUAUCUCAUGUUUUC